UCCCCUUCAAUUCAUUCAAGUCAAAAACCCUAGAAAAUUCAAACCAGGAAUUCAUUCAAAUUAAAAUUUCUCUUUGAAAAUGUCAGGUCGUGGAAAGGGAGGAAAGGGGUUGGGAAAGGGAGGAGCCAAGAGGCACAGAAAGGUUCUUAGAGAUAACAUUCAGGGCAUUACAAAGCCAGCAAUUCGUCGAUUGGCUCGUAGGGGUGGUGUGAAGCGUAUAUCAGGUCUGAUUUACGAGGAGACACGUGGAGUCCUCAAGAUCUUUCUAGAGAAUGUGAUUCGUGAUGCUGUUACCUACACUGAGCACGCUAGGAGAAAGACUGUUACCGCUAUGGAUGUUGUCUAUGCCCUUAAGAGGCAGGGCCGGACCCUCUAUGGUUUUGGCGGUUAGACUGUGGAUCUGUUGUUAGGCAAUUAGUUAAUGUAGAUUUUAAGGAAAUUUCUGCAGUUUCUGUGUUUUGGUUUCUCUGUAGCGUUUUGUUCUAGAUCUGGUUCUUAAGGUCCAGUUAUUGUAAUUUCUCCUUACAUAUUCAAUGGACCAAGUUCAAUUUCUAGAAA